GCUGUGCGGAGCCACCGACUGUCCAUCUUGCGCUUGUCUCUUCCCCCCUCUUCUCCCGUUUCAGUGUGGCAUUGUCCUGGGAGCUCUGCUGCUGAUUUUCUGUUCUUGGAUGACUCAUCAAUCCUGCAUGUUCCUGGUGAAAUCGGCCAAUCUCAGCAAGCGCAGGACCUACCCCGGCCUCGCAUUUCAUGCCUAUGGAAAAGCAGGAAAAAUGUUGGUGGAAACAAGCAUGAUUGGGCUGAUGCUGGGAACUUGCAUUGCUUUCUAUGUUGUCAUUGGUGAUUUGGGGUCCAAUUUCUUUGCCCGGCUGCUUGGAUUUCAGGUGUCAGGCAGUUUCCGGAUAGUCCUGCUCUUUGCCGUCUCCCUGUGCAUUGUACUUCCACUGAGCCUCCAGAGGAACAUGAUGGCCUCCAUACAGUCAUUCAGUGCCAUGGCUCUGAUCUUUUACACGGUGUUCAUGUUUGUGAUUGUGCUGUCGUCCUUCAAGCAUGGCCUCUUCAGCGGGCAGUGGCUGCAGCGAGUUAGUUACACUCGUUGGGAGGGCAUUUUUCGCUGCAUCCCCAUCUUUGGCAUGUCUUUCGCCUGUCAGUCUCAGGUCUUGCCUACCUAUGAUAGCUUGGAUGAGCCGUCUGUUAAAAUCAUGAGCUCCAUAUUUGCUUCUUCCCUAAACGUGGUCACCACCUUUUACAUUACGGUGGGCUUCUUUGGCUACGUGAGUUACACUGAAGCCAUUGCUGGGAACGUCCUAAUGAACUUCCCUUCCAACCUUGUGACGGAGAUGAUUCGAGUGGGAUUCAUGAUGUCGGUAGCUGUGGGGUUUCCGAUGAUGAUUCUCCCGUGCAGACAGGCGCUGAACACCCUUCUCUUUGAGCAGCAGCAAAAAGAUGGGACCUUCGCUGCUGGGGGUUACAUGCCCCCGCUUCGGUUCAAGGCCCUGACGCUGGCUGUUGUGUUUGGAACCAUGGUAGGAGGCAUCAUGAUCCCGAAUGUGGAAACAGUCCUGGGCCUGACAGGUGCUACGAUGGGAAGCCUCAUUUGUUUUAUCUGCCCAGCUCUUAUUUACAAGAAGAUCCACAAGAAUGCACUUUGUUCACAGAUUAUACUGUGGAUUGGCCUGGGAAUACUGGUUAUUAGUACGUAUACCACCUUGUCUGCAACGGAGGAUGCCCCUGUGAAGACAGAAGCGGUGGGCUUGGAGCACCUGGACGGAGAGGAGAACAGAAUCGACCAGGAUUCAGUCAAAAUCCCAGACCAGAACCCGGCAGUAGAGGAGGCUGAGGAUGACCGUGAUAAACCGAAGCUGCUGGAUGAGAAGGAGGAGAUGGAGCAGCCACAAAUCAAGGUGCCCAUGGAGGUACCCAAGAGAGAGGAGGAGAGAGGAAAGCCGGAGGAGAAAGUGCAGCUUGACCGUCCCGAUCAAGGGAUUGCCCUGCCCGUGGGGGAAGCGCCCCGCCACGAGCCGCCCGUCCCACACGACGAAGUGGUCGUGGACAUGGGGCGGGAGCGGGAGGAAUCCGAUGAGAGCAAGCUUGCACCCGGAGGAGCCAACGAUCGUCUGCUCAAGCCGGUGCUGGAGGAGCCAGCCGCGCUGAAUCCCCAGAAAGAGGCACUUGGCCCGAAACAAGGGAAGGAAGCGAUCGCUGAGAACCGACUGCGGGGAGGGACUGACGAGCCCGUUAAGAAUCCAAAGAACGUCCUGGAGGUGAUCGUGCAGCAGGAUGGCAGGCCGCCAUACAAAGAGCUGGAGCCAGACAAACAAGUGCUGGAAGCCAAGGCGCAAGCUGCCAUGCCGGACGGUGAGAAGAAAGCUGAGGCUGCAGGUGACAGGGAGAAAUCAAAGCUCCAGCCCCCCAGGAAAGCAGAGGAGGCUGUGAAGUCCGUGGAGAAGGAAGGCGACCCUGGUGAAAAGCAGGAGCUGCCCCUCCCAGACAGAGCAGAUCAGCCGGAGCUGAGGGAGCCCCGAAACACCGAGGACAAGCAACAGGAGAACGCGGAGAGCAAGCUGGAGG